UCGCUGUCAAGAGUCAGCCAUCUAAAAUUUCUUUUCCUUCAAUCAGUUGAAACGUGUGCUUGUUCUCAUUGAGCUAAGGCCAAACGGCGACUUGCACUAAUUAGAAAAAUGACUUCCAACGCCGAACUUGCUUGUGUCUACUCAGCCCUAAUUCUGGUUGAUGAUGAUAUUGCCGUAACUGGUGAGAAAAUCCAGACCAUCCUCAAAGCAGCCAAUGUUGAUGUAGAACCAUACUGGCCUGGUCUUUUUGCGAAAGCUCUAGAAGGAAUCAACGUCAGGGAACUGAUCACCAACAUUGGGUCUGGAGUAGGAAGUGCACCCUCGGCAGGAGGUGCUGCAGCUCCAGCUGCGGCAGCUGCUGCUGCUGAGCCUGCCAAGGAGGAAAAGAAGAAGGAAGAAGAACCUGAAGAGUCUGACGAUGAUAUGGGUCUUGGACUCUUCGAUUAGAGUACAAGUUUUUUAACUAUGUAACAUAGGAUUAAACUUUUUCUAAGUUUA